CAUGCUCAGGCCUGCCCAGUGAACAGAGGCCCCACUAGCUCAGCACACUUGAAGUGGAACACCAUCUUGGGUGGGAUGGAAACCAGAGUGCAAAGCAAACAUGCUCUACUACCAUGGGCACUGAUGUUCCUAUGCUCCAAGGUGUACUGUCAGCAAUGUAACAGCCCAUGCCUAUGCCCCAGCUUGGCAGCCAGCUGCCCUGAUGGCAUCCCUCUUGUGCUAGAUGGGUGUGGGUGCUGCCAGGUGUGUGCCAGGCAGAAGGGUGAGGCAUGCACCCAUGUGCACCUGUGUGAUCAGCAGCGUGGCUUGCAGUGUGACUACAGCACUAGCUUUCCCGGAGACCCAGGAGAGUGUGUUAGUCAAGAGGAGCUGGGCUGUGAGCUGGAUGGAGUUUCCUAUCAGGAGGGUGAGGUGUUUCUCCCGUCUUGUGCCAUACAGUGCCGCUGUGUGGGUGGCGGCAUGACCUGUGUGCCCAGGUGCAGUGAGGACAUCCUUUUGCCCACCCCAGACUGCCCUCAUCCUCAGAGAGUCCAGCUGCCAGGAAAGUGCUGUAAGGAGUGGGUGUGUGACAACUUGGACAUCAAUGUGCUUCAGGAUGCACAAACAGUUUACAGCAUUGACCAACCAUUGGCUUCCCGCCUGGAUUACCAAGCCAGCCCUAGCUCAAACUGCAUAGAACAAAGCACAGAGUGGAGCGCCUGCUCACAUACCUGUGGUCAGGGCCUAUCCACACGCAUGUCCAACAAGAACCCAGCCUGCAGGCAAGAAAUGCAGAUCAGGCUCUGUAAGGCCCGCCCCUGCCACACCUUUCCUCGUCUCACUUUUAAGUGGCUGAGGAGAUGCCAGUCGAGCUACAAGUCAGAGAUUCCUGUGCGGCUGCUGUACUGGGGCUGCUACAGCAUGCAUUUCUACCGCCCACGCUACUGUGGCACAUGUACCGAUGCGCGCUGCUGUACCCCACACCGCACCCGCACUGUCGCAGUCACCUUCCGUUGCCAGGGGGGAUGGCUGCUCCGCCAGGAUGUCAUGAUGAUUGACUCUUGCAUCUGCCAUCAUAACUGCCCCUACUCUCCAUUAACUGCUCUCUGGGGCUAGAGACUCAUCAUGCACUGAUUUUACGCAUAGCCCCAUUUCCUACUUCUGCCAGAUGAGUAGUUUAGUUUCCUCAUGCAGUUAGGACAGGUUGCAAGUUUUGUUUUAAGCAAUAGAAGAAUAGCACUUUACACAUACCACCCUUUUUUUAUGAAUUGACUGUAAAAUAAUCUUCACCAUGAAGAUCUAGCAUACAGGUUGGGAUAUGGGUUCAUUUAGACAGGAUAGGCUUCUUAAGACUGUCUGGCCCAUCCUGCACUUAACGCCUAUGUAUAUAAAAUUAGCCCUUUCAUGUGGUUGAAACUUAUUUUGCCAAGAAUAUGAAAGAACAAUGACAUGGUAGCUUAUAAAGAUAUUUUAUUUGUUUGUUCUGUUGAUUUUUAUGAUAGCGACUAUUACUUUGAAUUACUGCCUACAGCUACCAUAUAGACUAGUACCUCUUGGUAUUUUAUUGAAGUUUGAUGCUACCUGCAUGAAUGUUGCUGUCACUUACUGUCCCUAAAACUGACAAAGGACAGUAAGGACCUGCUUACUGCACAUUUUACAAAUGUUCUGUUGUAUUUUUACUUAUGGUCUGGAUUAAAUAAAAAAUAAAAA